CAACCGCUUCACGCUCGCUCGUUAAACGGUAGUUCGAAGGCGGAGUUCGGUCCAAUAAAGUCCUCUCGGAACCAACACCGGGGUCAAUUGUGCUUCUCACGUUCACCGGAUUAACGAGAAUUUAGUCCUUCCUUCCGUUUAACGGACGAACGUUUGGUUUUCCGCGUUUUGCGCGGCAAUUGGACACCGCGAACGUUUCACCUGCGGCGCGCGAGGACAAGCUGUGGUUGCUGACGAUGGAGCGUCUCUCGUUGCUGUGCCUGUGUGCGCUGGCGACCCUGCGCGGCCACACGGCGGCGCUGUCCCCGGCGCCCUCCUCCUACGGCGAACGGGGCUCCGAUCUCGGCAUGCAGGUGUUCCAGCAGGUGGUCCGCUCCAAGCCCCUGGACAACGUGGUGCUGUCCCCCCACGGCGUGGCCUCCAUCCUGGGGAUGCUGCUGCCGGGAGCCCACGGGGACACGCGCAAGCAAGUCGUCAACGCCCUCCGCUACAAGAAAAACGGGCCGUACAGGAUGCUGAAGAAGCUGCACAAGACGCUGACGGCGAAGUCCAAUCAGGACGUCGUGCUGAUCGCCAACGCCAUGUUCAGCCAGGUCGGCUUCCCCGUGGAGGCGGCCUUCGUGUCCGCCAACAAAGCCAACUUCCAAUGCGAGAGCAGGAGCCUGGACUUCCAGGACCCCCGGGGGGCGGCGGACGAGAUCAACCAAUGGGUCAGCAACAAGACCAAAGGUCACAUCCCCAGCCUGAUCAAAGCGGACAUGCUGGACCCGGCGCUGACCCGGCUGGUCGCCGUCAACGCCAUCUACUUCAAAGGCUUGUGGAAGUCUCGCUUCCAGCCCGAGAACACCAAGAUGAGGCCGUUCACCGGGGGCGACGGAGACGUGUACAAGGUGCCCAUGAUGUCCCAGCUGUCCGUCUUCGGCAUCGGAUUCGCCUCCACCCCUCAGGGCCUGAAGUACAAGGUGAUCGAGCUCCCGUAUCACGGCAACGCCGUCAGCAUGCUGAUCGUCCUGCCCUCCGAGGACGGCACGCCGCUGUCCAGCCUCGUCCCGCACAUCAGCACCGCCGCCGUGCAGAGCUGGACCAAGCUGAUGAACAUGAGGAAGGUCCGCCUGCUCAUCCCCAGGUUCACCGCCGAUGCCGAGGUGGAUCUGGAAGCCCCCCUUUCGGCGCUGGGGAUAACGGACAUGUUCAGAGAGGACAAGGCCGACUUCAGACACCUGAGCGGCGAGCCCGUCCACGUGUCCAAGGCUUUGCAGAAAGCCAAAAUUGUGGUGAAUGAAGACGGAACGAAGGCGGCCGCCGCCACCACCGCCAUCCUGCUGGCUCGGUCCUCCCCCCCCUGGGUCACAGUGGACCGGCCCUUCCUCUUCCUCAUCAGACACAACCCGACAGGUACCGUCCUCUUUAUGGGUCAGAUCAACCGGCCUUGAGCCCAGACGUCACUGGUGUCGUCGUACGCCAGAAAUGCUUCUACACUGCCACGCAUGAACAAAGACACACACUCACUCACACACACACGCAACCACAGGCGCGCACACAUCCUUUGCUGUAGACUUGUGGACAUAUGAUGUUUGUUUUAAAUGAUGCUUUUUAUGUUGCAUAACACGCUUUACAUACGAUGUUUUUUGCGGGCUACAUUUUACGGCCGUUUUAAAAUUUUUUUUAUAUCCUCUUUUUGGGAAUUUCUUAGAUUUUUAUUUUCUUUUUUAAAAAGACUUUGAAUGUCAGUUGUGUAUUUUCUCAACUCUGAAGUAGCGCGAUCGGUUUAUUUAUCGUGCCACCGUUUGCAGUGCAGAAGUUUGUCGAGUCGCUCCAGUUUUACCUUCUAAAUUACGGUGACGUCCAUCCCAUAAUGAGCGUCCUGCAUUCGGCCUCUUUGCAUCGCUUCCCCUCCCCGAGGAAGUCUCCUGUUUUCAUACUUGCUUCGUGUUUGAUUGAAUAAAUACACAUAUUUAUAACAUUAAA